AUGCAACAGCCACCACCACAACAGCCUGGGCAGCCGGGCGGGCCGCCCAUGCGGCCGUCGCCCGAGCAGAUUGCGGCGAUGCAGCGGCAGAUAGCGCUCGACGCCCAAAAGGCGGGCAUGACGGUGCCGGAAUUUAUCCAGCAGCUGCAGAAGGCGCGCGAGCAGAUGAUCCGACAGCAGGCAGCCCAGCAGGCAGGAGGCGCGGGCCAGCCGGGGCAGCCAGGUCCACCAGGGCAGCCUGGGCCGCCGGGACACCAGCACCCGCACCCACACCCGCCGCAGCAGGGAGGCGCGCCGGCGGGGCAGCAGCAGGCAAUCACGCCGGGUCCGCCGAACCCGGUGGCAGUGGCGAUGGCCAAGUUUCUGCGGGCACAAGACCUGAAGACGCGGACGGUGAUUCUGGGCGGCGAGCGCAAGGACAUGUUCCGGGUCAAGCGGGCGCUGCGGGCGCUGCAAUCGCCGGCGUACGAGAAGGCACGGCUCAAGACGCCAGAUCUGCCGACGAUCACAGACCGGGCGUCGCUGGAGAAUGCAUUCAAGCUGCUGCCGCUGUCGAUGUUGGCGCUGCGCGUGGCCAAGGCGGAGGAACCGGCAGCGGCGCAGGCGGGCGCAGCAGGCGGGGCCAAGAAGAAGACGAAGCGCAUCAAGGGCCAGUGGACGGUCAACAUUGAGCGGCAGCAGGACGCGGGCGAUGACAUGUAUUACGUCUGGUUCUACGAGGGCCCACAGACCAUGCGCAAGGUGUAUGCCGGGCUGGCGCUGCUGGCCAUCUUCGCCGUGGUGCUCUAUCCGCUCUGGCCACUACGCAUGCGCCAGGGCGUCUACUACCUCAGCUGGGGCUUCCUCGGGCUGCUGGGCCUUUUCUUCCUCAUGGCCAUCUUCCGUGUCGUCCUGUUCUGCCUGACGUACUUUUUGGUAUCGCCCGGCCUCUGGCUGUAUCCGAACCUGUGGGAGGACGUCUCGUUUAUGGACAGCUUCCGGCCUGUUUGGGCCUGGCACGACCCGAACCCGAAGAAGAAGAAGAAGUCCAAGUCGUCGUCCGGCACCUCGGUCGAGGCUCAGUCACACUUUGCCGGCACCACGGGCCAUGUGCCGCCCGCUUCGGCUACCACGACGGCUACCACCACACAGGCCAUGGCUGUGCCGACACAACGACCAGCCGGCUACAAGGCGCCGCAGGUGGAAGAGGUGGAAGACGAGUAG